GAUGCAGGAGACCAUACUGCUCUUCUGUCUUUCAGGGCUCUUCCUGGGCCACCAUGCCUUGCCUCCUAUCGAAUCCUACUACUACGUGGACCAGAAGCUGAGCUGGACCGAUGCUCAGCAACACUGCAGGGAGCGGAAUGGAGACCUGGCCACCGUAGACAACGUAGUGGACAUCCAGCACCUGCAAGAGUCCAGAACGGGCUUUAAUUACGACAACGACUUCAUGUGGAUCGGACUUUAUGAUGACCGCACUCGAUGGAAGUGGUCCCUCAGAGACCAGGACUACAAACUUGGCCAAAACUAUGGAACGUGGGUGGGAGAUAAUCCAGACUUCUAUGAUAACGAAGAGAAUUGUACAACUAUGUACUCUACUGGUAGCUGGAUGGAUAAGUCGUGCGACGCGCGAUUUAGUGCGGCUUGCUUUGAUGGUGAGGUGCUUUCUUAUUAAUAAGUUUUCGUUUUUAUCUAUGAUUUAGCUGUAGCCUACUAGUAAAAUAGGAUUAUAGGCACACAUUGAUAACAGAUAUAAGCUAUUAUGGUCACCUUAGCCAUGUUUAAUUAGGGUAUAGAUUAGAAGAAUAUUGACAGAGAUGUAACGUUAUCUGAUUCCUUUCCUUUUUUCCACCUCAU